CACAAAGUGUUCUACCUGAACUCAGACAUGGACAGCAUGGACAACGACAAUAUGCCCCUUGAUGUAUGUAGCAUCACCCUAGAGGAGAAGUCAUGUGGGUUGACCAAUGCUGUGGAGAAAGUGGCGCGCGUCCUGCACUGUGUUGCCCGUAGCAACUUGACGUUGUCCGAGGAGACUGUUAUGCGUCUGGUCGUGGAGCUGACCGGGCGGCUCAACUCAUUGGUCCAGAAGUUCUCCACCGCGAACUUCAGUGAGGUGGCGCACCACUUCCAAGAGGUGUUUGGCCAGGCAGACUCCCCGGCUCUGACCCAGGAGAAUCUCAACGACCCAGACUUCAUCAGGCUCUGGUUCCAGAUCAAACUGAAACCCCUGCUUCCCUCCGUCCCCCCCGGCCUUCUCUCCUGCCUCAGCACCAAGAACUUCACCUGCCCCGUCUACCAAGCCCUUGUGGAGGAGCUGAGUGAACAAAUGAAGCUGAUGGACCAGGAGGACGAGCAGAUGUAUGAAAUGCAGGGUCACAUGAUCUACAAACAGUUCCUGUUGCCCUUCCUGUUGAAUCACAACUCCUCAGACCCACAGUGCAUCUCUUCAGCCAGUAGCAGUGCAGACUGGCUGAUCAAGAACUUUGGUGGAUUCUCUGCAUUCGCUCCUCUGAGGGAUUUCUAUGAUCUAAAUGCUCAUUUCUCUGCUUUGUCAGCCCUGGAGGUUCUCUCUCCAAAGCAGACAGCAGAGCUGGUGGUGUUGCCUCUUCCUGGUCUUCCAGGGAAAGAUGUCAUCAUCAACACAGUGUUUGACUACCUGACCGAGUCACCAAAGGAGAGGAAACUCCCUGACUUCCUGUACCACCUCAUAAGGCUGUCUGCGGAGACAACGAUGCCCUGCAAAUCGUACAAAAUCAUCUUUGAGCGUCUGUACCAGGCCGUAUCGUCUGUACCUCCAGAGAUGGAGCCAGUCGUCUGGGCCAACAUAGACAACCUGAUGCAGACCGCUCCAGAAGGUUGUGGAAUGGAGGAACAGUGCCCAUCAACACCAUUUAAUUAUACCAGAGUCUGUGCUGGAGUCAACAGCUAUCCACUACAACACCACCCCCUGCACAUGGGGAAUAUGACGGAAGGUCUAUGCAAUUUCAGCUUGGAACAGUAUGCUUGUUCACAGCUGAAAGACUUCACUGCAGAACACCUGGUGUCUCUUCUGAAAUGUAACCUGCCCGGCAACUCCUCUCACUCCAAAGAGACGUGGAAGGUUCUCCUCACCAAACUGACCUCUGUCUUAGACCAAGCUCUGGACAUGUUCUCCAAUAUGUCCAAACCUGUGAUUGGUCCAGCAGUAUCCCAGGCGCUGGAUGUGAUUGGAGAGAUCCGGGUCAACAGGUUGACUGAGGAUCAGCUGAGAGACAGUAAUGUCAUCAGGAAGUGGUUCUCGGGCCGUCUGAGAGUGUUCCUGCCGUCUGCAUCAGGAGUGUUUCUGCACUGCCUCAGCACCAAGAACCUGAGCUGUGACUCGUAUCAACAGAU